GCCGCCGCCUUCGGCCGCCGACUCGGACAUGGAGGGCCGCAACAUCGUGCCGAUGACCGGCGACAAGCCGUCCGGCCUCGACAUCGACGACUUCCUGCCGAACAAGUUCGGUCGGCUGGGCUUCGGCGGCAGCCAAUACUACUCGGCGCAGUCGGCCGUGUCCGAGGCCGAGGCGUUCAGCAGCAUCGUCAAAGGCCACGAUUCGAUGAUGUCUGUGCUGACAAACCGGCACCGCCAGCUGGAGAUCACGCACUCGCUCUGGUGCAGCAAGGACGCCAAGACGGCCAUGGAGCACGUGGUGGCGCGGCACGACCUGGCCGUCAGCGUCGACCUGCUCAGUCAACUCAACCUACGGCCGUCGAUCUGGAAUCUCGACAUAUGUCAGGUGCUGUUGCCCUCGAUACAGGAGCUACUACAGUCCAAAUACGAGAUGUAUAUGACUGUGGGCUGCAACUCGCUCAAACUCAUCCUGAAAAACUUCGCCCACAUGAUCAAAACCAAUAUCCAGAGCCCCGUGUACACGCACGGUGUGGACAUCUCCCGCGAAGAGAGGUACAACAAAUGCAAGGGUUGCAACGAUCAGCUGCUGUCGAUACGCGCGUUCCUGCUGAAGCGGCAGACGCUGCAGGGCAAGAUCGGCCAGACGUUUCGUGAGCUGCACAUAUUGAUGCAGGCGCUGGACUGAGCGCGCUCGGCACGCUCGCCGCCACCUGUGAUUGCAAUAGCCGUGGCCGGGGCCGCGCCAAAUUCCCGUGCCUUGGGGCCGCGCGCGGCCGCGGGCGCCGGCCGGCCCGGCACGGCGCGCUUAGUCUAGUCGACGGAGAGGGAGCGAGCGGGAGCGAGGGGGCAGCUGAGACGGGGCCGGCGGACAGAGAUCGAGAGCGCGCUAGAUCCGGAGCGCUGUACAUACGGACCGGGUCAGACGAUCUCAGUUCCUGUUGUGUGCGAUCAUGUGCAAGUAAUCGGAGCUGCCUUCCCCGCUGCCGCGGAUGCAUAAUGUCAUUUUUACGUGCCAAUUAUUUCUGUUGGUCGGUAGGUGUGAGUGUGUGUGGGAUUCGGUUCUCGUGAUAUUGUUUCGUUUGUCUCGCGCGGCGCGUCCGCAUGAC